AUGAUCCAAGCUGACCCAUCCCUUUUCAUACAUCAGGCCCUCCAACAAGGCAACACGGAAGGAGCUCGGAUCUAUGCCUCGAACGCGAUCCGUAAGAAGAACGAGGCGUUGAAUCUGUUGAGGUUGAGCUCGAGGAUCGAUGCCGUUAGUUCGAGGGUCGAGACCGCCGUGACGAUGCGUCAGGUCAGUACGGGGCGAUCGAUUGGGAUGUGCGAGUCGAAGAACUGAUGCAUCGGGUGUUCAGGUUACGGGUUCCAUGACGGCUGUGGUGAAGAACAUGGAUCGCGCGAUGCAGGACAUGAACCUCGAGAGGGUACGUUUCGACCCCGCUCGCUCUUUCAGCAGCACACCAACCAAGUCCCCACCCACCUCUCUCCCCCCUAACCCUAACCUGAAUAGAUCUCGAUGGUGAUGGACAAGUUCGAAUCGCAAUUCGAAGACCUCGACGUCCAAACCGGUUAUCUCGAAGGCACCUUGUCCUCCGACACGGCGAUCUCGGCCCCGACGGACCAAGUCGACUUACUGAUGGCCCAAGUCGCGGACGAAGCAGGGUUGGAGGUGCAGCAUGAGUUGGGGCAGAGCGAACUGGGGAACAAGGUGCCCGAGUUGACGACGCCGGUCGCGACCGAACAACAGGAGGAUGCGUUGGCGGCGCGGUUGAGGGCGCUUAGACCGGCUGCGGCGACGAGUAUGUGA